CUUCUUAUUUUCUUCAUUCUCCCCCUCACGUAUCCUCUCUCUCUCUCUCUACUCUCUCUCAUCAAAUUCAACGCAAUCUUUUACCUUUUCCUCAUUCCGUUCAUCAAUUCUUCUUCACCGAUGAUGCUUUUGAACAUUAAUCGCCGUUGAACACGAUUGCGUUCAUCAAUUUUGACGAUUACGUUGUUGUCAAGAAACGGUUAAAAUUAGGGUUUGUAUUUGAGAAAAAGUCAUUGAUUUUGUUCAGGAUUUUUUAAAGUUUUGUAUAUAGAUUGUUGAUUUGGGUCAUUUUCGGUGGAAAUUGGAGGUUGAUUUGAUUGUUUGUUAUAAAUUAGGGUUGAGUUUUUUUACAAACCCUAGGGGAGGUGUAAUUAGGUAGAUAUAGGUAGAUCUGUGUUGUUAUGGAUCGUGUUGUUGGUGGUAAGUUUAAGCUUGGGAAGAAGAUUGGAAGUGGAUCUUUUGGUGAGCUUUAUUUAGGUGUUAAUCUUCAGACUGGAGAAGAAUGUGCUGUUAAGCUGGAACCCACCAAGACAAAGCAUCCGCAACUUCAUUAUGAAUCAAAGAUAUAUAUGCUUCUUCAGGGAGGAACUGGGGUACCCAACCUUAAGUGGUUUGGAGUCGAGGGUGAGUACAACGCCAUGGCCAUUGACCUACUUGGACCCAGCCUUGAAGACCUUUUUAACUAUUGCAAUAGAAAGUUUUCCUUGAAGACGGUCUUAAUGCUUGCAGAUCAAUUAAUAAAUAGAGUUGAGUACAUGCAUGCCAGAAGCUUUCUUCAUCGUGACCUUAAGCCUGAUAAUUUUUUAAUGGGCCUGGGCCGCAAGGCAAAUCAGGUGUACAUCAUUGAUUUUGGUCUUGCAAAAAAGUAUAGGGAUCUUCAAACUCACAGGCACAUACCAUACAGGGAAAAUAAGAAUCUCACAGGCACGGCUCGUUAUGCUAGUGUCAACACACAUCUUGGAGUUGAGCAAAGUAGACGCGAUGAUUUGGAAUCACUCGGUUAUGUUCUUAUGUAUUUCCUAAGAGGAAGCCUUCCCUGGCAAGGACUGAAAGCUGGGACCAAGAAGCAGAAAUACGACAGGAUAAGUGAAAAAAAGAUGAUGACUUCAAAAGAGGUUUUAUGCAAGUCGUAUCCGUCAGAGUUCAUGUCAUAUUUCCAUUAUUGCCGAUCUUUGAAAUUUGAAGAUAAACCUGACUAUUCAUAUCUAAAGAGGCUUUUCCGAGACUUGUUCAUUCGUGAAGGCUAUCAAUUUGACUAUGUUUUUGAUUGGACCAUGUUGAAGUAUCCACAAAUUGGUGCCAGCUCUAGAGGACGAAUUCAAAGCGGCAAUGCUGGUCAAAACGUCGGUACGUCUGCAGAAAGACCAGGAAGAACUUCAGCUGUACAAGAUGUUCGUGAGGCACUUUCUAGAAGAAAUCCAGCAGGUGGACCCCGCCUUGAACUUUCAAGAAACAGGACUCCAGAUGAUGUACCUUCAUCCAAAGAUGUGCAACCUGAUUCAGAAAAGGUCCGAACUUCUAGAAACGGGAGCUCGUCAAAACGGGCCUCCUUUCUAAGCAGCAAUAAACCAAGUUCUUCAGCAGAAGCGACAGAUGGCAGAACAAGCCGACACAUGUCGAGUAGUGGAGCCCGCUUAUCUACUAUACAAAGAGGAUAUGAUAACAAACCCUCGCCAACGGGCUUGUCCGGUACUUCAAAGGGUGGCCGUGAAGAUCUUCUCAGGAGCUUUGAUUUUCUUCAAAUCAGGAAGUAAAACAAUACAAGGUGUCAAAAUUACAUUAAAGUGAAUUUAAAACCCCUGCAAGUUUAAGUUAUGUAAAAAAUGGAAAAUUCAUGUUUUAGGGGAAUUUGCAGACUUUGGUUAACAAUUGGAACUUCAAGUGGACUGAUGUUGUAUGUGUUGUUUUUGUGCUUUAGUGCAAAUUAUUCUUUUUAAUAUUU